CCCCCCCCCUCCCCGCGCACGUUUGGUUGGGGCCGCUUCGGGUGGGAAAGCCGCGCAGCGUUGGGAAUGCCGCCGGAAUCGACGCAGAAAGAGCGCAGACCGGGAAAAAUUCACUAGGUUGUGCUGCUGGAGCUUACCAUCAAGAGAGGAGCUUAAGAGAAUGGAGUAGAGGAGGGGGUGGAGGAUACGCCUAACAGGGAACUUUCUCCACCCCCUCUGCAAAGGAGCACCUUUGGGAACUUCCUUGCCUGUAUCACCCCCCUCCUCUCUCUCUGUGGGGGAAGAUCUUGCAUUGCAGCCCUUUACAUUUCAAGAGGAUUCCAACUCGGCUGACAUCACCAGAAGUCGCCUCCUGCUUCCCGGAUCGAUGCCGUAACUUUUGCCUCUCCUCCUCCGUUGCCGCGCCUGCCAAAGGCAUCUGGAUGAACUCAGAAACCCCAUGCCAAUUCCCUGUGGGCGGGCCUGGCCUGCAUAUGGUGCCUGGGUUUUUGUGACUCGGGCAGCCUGCCUACCGAGGGAGAGCAGAGGCCGCAGAGAGGCACAGGAAGGCAGGCAUGGAGGACUCUGACCAGCGCUUAGUGCUGGGCAUGAACAUGGGGGAUGGGCGGCAAACGCCUCCGGGGCAACUGCAGACCCCCUCCGAAGGUGACGAGGAGCAGCGAGUGCCUGGGCCGGAGGCCAUGUGUGAUGGUAGUGGCGAUGCCAAGAAGAAAGAAAAUGAGGAAGAGGGGGAGGAAGAGCUUGACCCUCGCAUUCAGGAAGAGCUGGAACAUCUCAAUCAAGCCAACGAAGAGAUCAAUCGAGUGGAAUUGCAGCUGGAUGAGGCCCGCACUACGUACCGCCGGAUCUUGUCUGAAUCUGCUAGGAAGCUGAAUGCCCAGGGCUCCCAACUGGGGAACUGCAUUGAGAAAGCGCGCCCUUAUUAUGAAGCCAGGCGCUUGGCCAGGGAGGCGCAGCAAGAGACUCAGAAGGCUGCCCUCCGGUACGAACGAGCUGUUAGCAUGCACAACGCAGCCCGGGAAAUGGUUUUUGUGGCUGAGCAGGGAGUGAUGGCUGACAAGAACAGGCUGGAUCCCACCUGGCAGGAGAUGCUGAACCAUGCCACCUCCAAGGUGAACGAGGCCGAGGAAGAGCGCCUGCGCAGCGAACGGGAGCACCAGCGAGUCACCCAGCUCUGCCAGCAGGCUGAGGCGAAGGUGCAGUCGCUCCAGAAAUCCCUCAAGCGAGUCAUUCUGAAGAGCAAGCCCUACUUUGAGCUCAAGGCUCAGUUCAAUCAAAUCCUGGAGGAGCACAAGGCCAGGGUGACGUCCCUGGAGCAGCAGGUCUCCCAGGCCAAGAUGCGCUAUUCCGUAGCCCUGCGCAACCUGGAGCAGAUCAGCGAGCAGAUCCAUGCGCGGCGGCUCCAACGCUUGGUUGGACGGCGUGCUUCCCCAGUUGGUGCUGAAGCCAGCCCGGCGAUACUGUACGGCGGGAUGGUGCUACCUCCAGAGCCCGUCACCUCGUCCGACACGCUCUCGGUCCUCAGCUUCCAGACCAUCGCCUCCGACUUGCAGAAGUUUGACUCGGUUGAGCACCUGAUGGGCCUGUCUGAUGCUGCUAGUCUCAACAGUGAUGAGCUGGAGGAAAGGGAGCAGCGGCGGAUGGCUCAGCCCCACUCCUUUAAACACCAUCGCAGCAUCAGCCUCUGACCUGCUCCUUCUCCCGCCGCCCCUUUAAGUCCCGGCCUUCAGAAGAAGGUUGAGGGGGGAAGUGCUGGUUCCCAGGCACUAGAAGAAGUUGCAAGCGGAGGCAUGGAUUCCAUAAUGGUUUUUGACCUCAUCCAUCUGCAGUGUUGAUUUUCCCACUCCACUCCACUAUAGGUGCAAAUCCCAGAUUUUCUGCCCUUAAUCUUAAUUUAAACCCCACUUCGGGGGUUCAUGUCCCAGUCCCAGGUUCCCCCCCACCCCGAUUUUAGCAUUCUUAAUCCCACUCCAUCUGAUCUAUCAAGCUGCCAUCUCCUCAAGCAUGCCCCUCUUCCCUGGGAGCAUUGCAUGCCGGAAGUAAUCUGCAACUUUGCACUUUUAUCCUGGCUUGUUGGAUCCCUGGUGAUGUAGUUAUGCUCAGCUGCUGGCAGGCUGGUCUAGAAGCAGAGGGGGGGGGAGAGAGAAAGAGAGAGGUGUGGGAGGGAAGCAGCUUUGCUCCUUUUAAUCUUUCUUUGAGGGGAGGGGGCGAAGAGGAAUAUAGGUGGGAUGUAGAGCUAUUAGUGUAGAAAUGCUCCCCCCCCCAGGCGCCUCUCACUGCCUUUGAGAGAGAACUUCCCACACUGCUUUCCCGCAAGGCUAUAGAUGACAAUAAAUGGCUUGUUUAAAGAAGAACUCUGGUGCCCCACAGGGCUUCUCACUAUCACCCAUAACUGACAAGGCAUGCUAUUUGUCCCUCCUUUGCAACAGAGGGCACACACACACAGACACACACACAGACACACACACACAAGCAAGAUGGCAGCCACCCGCCUCUUUCUAAGCUCCUCCUAAGCAGAGAUGCGCCGUCUUGCCUCAUUGCAAAAUCCAAUGGAGAAACUGGCACCGCGUUGGUACUGCCCAGCACUCCCAGGAGAGGAAGAGAUGUGGGGGCAGGAGGCUCCUUCCACCCGAAAGGCCCCCACCUACUCAAUACCCCUCAGCACAAUCAUUCCUGCCGCGCCUGUUGCUCUUUUACUCUUCCAAUCAUUUGCACUAGCAAAAGUGGCAAAAGAGGGGACCGGGUGUUUUUUUUUUCCCUUCCGUUUUUCCAGCAGUUCCCGCCUUCCCCCCUUCUUUCCAUGCCUUUUGGCGGGUGGGGAAGGGGGCAGGCAGGUGAGGAGCAGUUUCUGCCACUCUAAACAAAUUUGCUGGACUUUUGGCUGUGAUGAGAACUUGCCGGUUUGAGGCAGCCAUACAGCAACUCUUGUUCAUGUUUGUUUGUUUGUUUGUGUGUGUGUAUGUGUGCGCGUACGCGGGGGUGUGUGGAGGUUUGUAUGACCGGCUUAUGCUGUGUAAUUUUAUUUAAAGUAAAAUUUAUGCCCUAUCAAG